CAGAAUUUAUCCAAAACAAAACAAUAUUCCAAACAUGAAUUCCGAAGAAUUUAAGAAAAACUAUCGUAUUAUAGUGGAAAAGAUCUUUAACAAUUGGCAAAAUCUACGCUUAGCCGUUGAACAUGGAAUGGGAGGAAGAAAUGGACAAAAAGUGGCUAUUGAAAUCAUGAACUAUACUUAUGAGUAUUGCAUUGGAAACGAUAAUAUCACACAAGGUGAACUACAAGAUGUUAUUGAGGAUUUGAUGGAUCAAGAAUUCGAUACGAUAUGUGAGGACGGAUCUGUUUCGGAAAUAUGUAAACAUUUGUUACGCUACAAGCAGAUGAGCUUACAGGGACAAUACUCCGAAAUUGAAUUGGAGCUAAAUAAAUUACCACAAGGUAAAGAAUGGUUGAGACCUGAUGUCAAAGUUACCUACACUCCUAUCGAGGGUGAUUCAUCCUCUGAAGAGGGUAGUGAUUCUGAUGAUGACGAUGAUGAUUUGAUGGAUGUUGAAGGGGGCGUUGAUGAGGAACAAGCCUCCGGCAGUAGAGUUACUAGAUCACAGUCCCGCAAACAAAAAGAUGAUUUUGUAGAACCUGAAGAAGGUUGGACCACAGUCAGAACUAGGAGAAAGUAAAAUUAGUUUUCACUUAUUUUGUAUAUUUAAAAAUUUUAUAUUAAAGUCAUAAAACAAUAAAUUUUUAUUCAAAUA